CCAACUGCCCUGGAAUGCUCUUAGCUUGUGCCCACUGCAGGCUGCUUCUGGCUGGCAUUCCAGUGAGACCAGGACACCUCUCUCCCCACCCCUUUCUCUGCAUCUCUUUGGGGUCAGCUCCCCUCGCCCCCAGGAGUGGAGACUAGUGCUCAGGGAGGAAACCUAGAAGGUACACGCUGGGGCAGCCUUCUGUGCAUGGAGGAUGACCGAAAAGAGCAACGGCUUGAAGCCCCCCGCUGCCAACCAUGCCCCGCAUGUCUCUGUGGAAACACCCACGGAAGGCAGUCCGGAGCGGACCAAGCUGGACAGGUACAGCAGAAGGCAGUCGGCUGAGGAUGACACCUCCUCGGAGCUGCAGCAGGUUGCUUCCUUGGAUGACGCAGACCAGAAGCCUACUGCCCAUGGGAAAGGGGGCCUCUCCAGGAUAGCCCGGCUGGUGAUGUUGUUCCGAGGAUGGGCGAAUAAGAGCUUGAAGGACGAUAUUGCGCGCCCGGACUCCUUCCUCGACCGCUUCCGUGGGCCUGACCUGCAGACCUUGGCGAAAGCAGCUGAGGACGACGGCUCGGGAGACUACGACAAGGAGGGGGCCAAGCAGAACAAGAAGAAAUGGGGAGUCUUUGUGUUGGAUCCGGCUGGGGACUGGUAUUACCGCUGGAUUCUGGUCAUUGCAGUGCCCGUCCUAUAUAACUGGUGCAUCCUGGUCGCACGAGCCUGUUUCAAUGAGCUCCAAAGGAAGUACCUGUCCGUCUGGCUGGUCCUGGACUACCUCUCAGACAGCAUCUACAUUGCGGACAUUGUCAUGCGGCUGCGCACAGGUUUCCUUGAGCAGGGCUUACUCGUCAAAGACCUCAAGAAGCUGCGUGAUAAGUACAUUGCCACCAUGCAGUUCAAGCUGGACAUUGCCUCCAUCUUGCCCACCGACUUGGCAUACUUUGCUGUUGGUUUGCACUGCCCUGAGUUGCGCUUCAACCGGCUGCUGCACUUUUCUCGCAUGUUUGAGUUCUUUGACCGGACGGAGACAAGGACCAGCUACCCCAACAUCUUCAGGAUCAGCAACUUGAUCAUGUACAUCUUGAUCAUCAUCCACUGGAAUGCUUGCAUCUACUAUGCCAUCUCAAAGUCCAUUGGCUUUGGAGAGGACACUUGGGUGUAUCCAAACAUCUCAGAUCCUGAGUUUGGCUACUUGACAAGGGAGUACGUCUAUUGCCUCUAUUGGUCCACACUGACCUUGACCACCAUUGGAGAGACUCCCCCUCCAGUGCGGGAUGAAGAGUACCUCUUUGUCAUCUUUGAUUUCUUGAUUGGAGUCCUCAUCUUUGCUACCAUUGUGGGAAACGUGGGCUCCAUGAUCUCCAACAUGAACGCCACCAGGGCAGAGUUCCAAGCCAAGAUUGAUGCUGUCAAGCACUACAUGCAGUUCCGCAAAGUGAGCAAGGAUAUGGAGGCCAAGGUCAUCAAAUGGUUUGACUACCUCUGGACCAACAAGAAGACCGUGGAUGAGUGGGAGGUGCUCAAGAACCUGCCUGACAAGUUGCGGGCUGAGAUUGCCAUCAACGUCCACCUGGAGACCCUGAAGAAAGUGCGGAUAUUUCACGACUGUGAGGCUGGUCUCUUGGUGGAGUUGGUGCUCAAGCUCCGUCCUCAGGUGUUCAGCCCAGGAGACUACAUCUGCCGGAAGGGAGACAUCGGCAAGGAGAUGUACAUCAUCAAAGAGGGGAAGCUGGCAGUGGUGGCUGAGGAUGGCGUGACCCAGUAUGCACUGCUCACGGCGGGCUGCUGCUUUGGCGAGAUCAGCAUCCUGAACAUCAAAGGGAGCAAAAUGGGGAACCGAAGGACAGCCAACAUCCGCAGCAUCGGCUACUCCGACCUCUUCUGCUUGUCGAAGGAAGAUCUCAUGGAAGCCGUGACUGAGUACCCGGAUGCCAAGAAGGUCCUCGAGGAAAGGGGCCGUGAGAUCCUGACCAAGGAAGGGCUGUUGGACGAGGCAGCAGCGGCUGAAGGCACAGAAGGGAUGGAUGUCGGGCAGAAGCUGGACAGGCUGGAGACCAGCCUGGAGACACUCAGCAGCCGCUUCUCCCGACUCUUGGGGGAGUACGAUGCCACCCAGAUGAAGCUCAAGCAGCGCAUCACCUCCUUGGAGGCCAAGGCGAAGCAGGACAUCCAGGACGAGCUUUUCUCAGUCACCCCAGACAGCCUUGGGCCAGAUAAGUAUGAGUAGAAAGCCCUGAGCCUCCACGCUGCUGUGGAGAGGGCGUUUGCUGCUUCCCACUGCUCAACACCUUCUUGCAGUAGAUCUUUCUCCAGGCUGCUGCCUCACUCAUGGCUUCCCUCCUGGUCUCCUCACAGCUGGGAGCUCCUGGGAGCUCUUACUUAGGUUCACUGCCCUUCCCUUCCUUGUUUCAGAUGGACAACUUUGGUCACUUGUGCUCUUGCUGCUGCCAUUACAGUCUCCCUUGAACUGCUUCAGGAAGCUCCGAUUUGUAUUUCCUUCCCUCCAGUUGUGUAGACAUGCCAAAUGGCCAGGAGGAGUUGGCUUCUUUGGACAAUACCACCUGCUCACAGCCUUAUUUUGACAACUGCUUUUGUAAUAUAACUCUCCCCCUUUGCAAAGCAUGGUUCCAAAAUCUGAUAAAAAGUC